AACCCUACAGCUCUUAUCAAACAUCCAAUUUGUUACGGGUGGCACGUGCUACUUUAACAAACUGGUUAUUAAACUGCGUGGGCGUAUUCAUAGUAGCUAUUCUGGGUAAGAAAACCCUCAGGAGUGAAAAUGAAAGCUCCAUAAUGGCCGCGCUGAACGCUGAAAGAUUUGCAGCUGAAAAAUCGAUAUUAUCACGGGCUGGCUCCCCCGAACGCUGUCUCGCUGUACUGUGUGACUGUGUGUUGGGGUGUCGUGUCAUGGCAUGUUCUUUUACACGUAACGCAUUUCUGUUGAGCUGCAGUAGACUGAGACGAAGAGAUCAUUUGUAAAUGAUAUUGAUAACAUCAAUCAACAUAAACAUCGAUCAUGCGUUAAUUACCACCUAUCGUUCAUUAAAAGAAACAAUUGACGUAAAUUAGAGCAAUCGUUUGUAUCGCAACAGGAAUAGUGAAACGUAAUUCAUAUCUCAUCACUUCACGCAAAAAAAAGUCACCAUGACGUAGGCUUCCACCGGCAGACGACACAGAUAUCAUAGACAUAAAACAGGAUAAUCAAUUCCGGUUAACUACCAACGGACGAUUAUCACUCAUUCCGCACUAACUCGUUAAGGCUCACGUGGGUGUGUCUGCCACAGUACCUCCAGAUCUUCUGGAAACGUGUCUUAAUUGAUUCGACUGGUCCUUGUGUGAACGACGACGACUCGGUACAGUUAUGGCAGAACAACAGCAGCGUGACUCUCUUUGCCCACGAUUGAUUGACUAUUUGGCCAUUGUGGGUGCCAGGUCGGCUGUCGUCGCUCGUCCUAGUGCGGGCAAUGUUGGAAACGCACCGGGAGGAAUGCAUGCCUCUGGACCAAACUCAACGCCGCCUGUACAGAUUCCGGAGCUAUUACGCCGUUAUCCACCCACGGAUCAUGCAGAUUUCCCUCUUCCACUGGAUAUGGUAUACUUUUGUCAGCCCGAGGGUUGCGUCAGUGUGGGUCCACGAAGGACAGGUUCUGCGGUACGGGAUGCUACGUCCUUCGUGUUCACGUUGACCGAUAAGGACUCGAGCAAAACGCGGUACGGUAUUUGCGUUAAUUUCUAUCGUCCGGUGGAGAAAUAUGUGGCGAGCGUUAGCGGAACGGGUAACCUCUCGGGCAGUCGGAAGGGGCGUAAUUCAACUUUUCGACGGGAAUCUUGGAGGAAAAGUAUGGAAAAAAGUUCAGAUUCUGCUUUUUCUAGUGACUAUAGAAGUAGCAACGUAGCGCCGAGUGAUUCCUCGGAUCGGGAUUGUCCUAGCCGGAGAGAUUCAGAUCCACCAAACUCGGUUUACUAUGGAGGACCGCAGCAACAGCAAACUAGACUAGGAGUAACAGGACCUUCGGCUGAUUCCGAGUCUGGAGGAAGUCACUCUCCAUCGCCCCGUGCUUCUAGAAAGCGAUCGAAAGUUCGAAGUCAUUCACUAACCUCUCUGUGCAUUCUAUCUCAUCACCCGUUCUUGUCGACUUUUCGAGAAUGUUUGUUCAUAUUGAAGAAGAUAAUUGAUGCCUGUAACGAUGCUUCCAGUCCUAAGCGGGUCGGAGCUUCUCGACAAAGCGGAAAGGAUAGCGUGUGGAACGUGCUGACCAGUCAGGGCACGGAAUCGACACCAUCGGUUGUACUGCACGAUGUGAAGGAAAUAGAAACAUGGAUAUUGAGACUGCUUUCGGCACCGGUUCCCGUUCCUGGGUCUACCAGGGUGGAGGUCGAGAUCCUCUCACCAGUAAUUCGUCAACCAUUGGCGUUUGCCCUGCCAGACCAUACACGCUUUACGCUGGUAGACUUUCCGCUGCAUCUUCCACUGGAACUUCUAGGCGUAGAAACGUGUCUCAAGGUGUUGACGCUUAUUCUGCUCGAACACAAAAUCAUCAUCCAGUCGCGGGACUAUAACGCCCUGUCGAUGUCUGUAAUGGCGUUGGUGAACCUAAUUUAUCCAUUGGAAUACAUGUUCCCUGUGAUCCCGUUGCUGCCGACCUGUAUGGGAAGUGCUGAACAGUUGCUGUUAGCACCCACUCCCUACAUCAUCGGUCUGCCGGCUACAUUUUUAAUGUAUAAGAAAAAUUUUAGACUUCCGGAUGAUAUUUGGUUGGUGGACUUGGAUUCCAAUCGGCUGACACCGGCUUCCGGAGAAGCCGAGCAAGUUCCACCGCUUCCCGAACCGGAAGGGACCAUAUUGAAAAAUCAUUUGAAACAGGCUAUGCAACUAAUGGAUCAGGCAGGAGUCGGUGCUUUAACUUCCAUGACAACAAGCAAUCAAGCAAGCACGGUGCAGUCGGGUCUCCUAGUCAGCCAACCCGGUUCGAAUCGUGAAAGCUUUAGCGGACCAAACAUUCCCCCUCAAACCUUCCCUCAGCCUUUACAAGUGCCAGGAUCAGCAAGCAAUAGCCAACGGAGCUCGUUCUCGGGUGCGGCUGGUACACCUCGCCAGCCGAGUCCCGUUGGUCCACCCCAGCCGAAUCCCUUCCUGUACGGUACGGACGUGGACUCGGUUGACGUUGCAACUCGUGUCGCAAUGGUACGAUUUUUCAACUCUCAAAACACGCUCGCGAACUUUACCGAGCACACGAGAACGCUGCGAUUGUAUCCGCGACCGGUGGUCGCAUUUCAGAUCAACAGUUUUCUCAGGUCUCGACCAAGGGCUUCCGUGUUCCUCAACCGCUUUGCGCGCACGCAAGCUGUCGAGUGGCUGGCCGAGUGGUCGCUCACUCCUAACAAUGUGGCUUUUCUGAGAGUGCAGACCGGUGUGUUGGACCCAGCACAAGUUGGAGAUAAACCGAAGUGGUACGCACAUACGUUGACUCCCAUUAAAUUCCAUGUGUGGGAUAAUAGUGGUUCGCUGAAUAGUGCUCUUAAGGGUAUGCAACAAAUUGAGAACCAACCCACGGACGAAAGCGGAUCCGACUCUGAAAAUGCCGAGAGCACUAGUUCGUCGUAUUCCUCGCUGAGUGACUUCGUUUCCGAAAUAGCGUCUUCAGAUCUUUCACCAAGUUUGCACGAUGUUUACGGGAACCAGCACCAUGUGCAUAUUGCUCCGAAAACCUUAUCUUCCAAUCUCGAUCCGAAGCUGGUGUAUCGGCCACCGAGCUCCCUGCGCUACCCAGAGGGAAUGAAACCUCCGCAGCCGGAAGCUGACGAUGCCGAUCGGCCGGACUCACCAGCAUCGACAUCGUCAAGCCGAUCAGAUCUCAGUAGCCCUCCAGAUUCGGAAUGCGAGUUCAAUCCGAAAGCAAGAGUCGAAAUGCAGGUGGCACCAAAGCCGACAAAGGAACAGCAUGGUAGUUUUGAAAACGAGUCUGACUCCAACUCAACAACUACACCAAAGACGAUCGUAUCAAAAGAGAGCAGCGGUUCCUUAGACGCCGAAGGUAAACGCAACCGCCUGGGGAAGAUACCGCCUCCAUUAUCACCAAAUCUCGGUCGGCAGCCUAGUGGAAGCAACAUUCUAGCCAGAACUUCUAGCUCAGGAUCAACAGGUUCCAGUGGUCAUCCACCUUCUCUUGGUUCAGCAGGGUCGCAGCGCCAAAGUUCUCAAGGAUCGUUGUUUGAAGUUUUGACUUCACAGGCCAAAGAGUUGGUGCGUGAGACUACACGACAAAGUAGCCAAGACGGUCUGCUAGCUCACGUAGACAAGUUUAAAGAACAAGCCAAAGAGUUGAAGGAGCAUGCAGAAGAGGAAAUGAAAAUACUCGCACCAUUGGAACAGCUGACUCUACAAGCAAAGAAGGCGGCGGAGGAAGCAUCUAAGCAGGCCUUGGAAGCAUCGAAGCAAGCGGCUGGAGUUAGCAAGAAUACACUCGAUGAUUUAACCUAUGUGGGAAAAUCAACACUUGGAGAUUUGACGAAGACAGCUAAGGAAGCGGCGGCCAAAAAGGGCUUACUACAUCAAGGCAGCCAACAAAGCCUUCAAAAUCAACCGGUCGUAUCGCCAUCUGGUGGUGCUGUGGCCACUACGAAUCAAUCGCUGUUUUCGUCGAUCACUAGUGAUUUUAAUGGGAUUGCUCAAUCCACGUCCAGUAUGUUUUCGGAUUUGUUUGGCAAUAAACAGAGCAAACAGACAACUCAACAACAGAUGCGAGUAGCUACUGGUAAUGUUCAGCCCAGUUCUAAUCAAAAACAAAGUAAGAUCAAAGAUAAGUUAUCAUUUGAUCCAUUCCCGGGUCGUAAGGGUUUGGUGGAACGCACUCCGUUGAUCAAACAUUCCGGGCCGAAACAAACUCAGGAAGAGCUCCAGCGGUUGCAGAAUGCUGAGCGAUCGUCAAGUAACUCCGAGAAUCAAGCUUUUCUGAAGGAUUUGGUCAACCAGGUGCUCGCAGGCGAGGGAGUUGGUUGGCUGAAGCUGAACCGUCUGAAGAAGCUGAUGGAAGAUGAAUCCUAUCGGAUGCUGGUGCUGGGAAAGUUGAACAAAACAUUGGAGCGGAAGAUAGGGCCUGACGAUCAUAUAGACGAUGUGUGUAUAUCAAAACCAAUUUACAAGGGAACUCUCAAGUGCUUACUGGCGAUAACGCAUGGGUUGGAGAAUACGGUUUCCAAUUUUGGGCUCGGCGGUAUGGCGUCCGUAUUUCAAAUGAUGGAGAUCGCGCACACGCACUACUGGAGCAAAGAUCUUUCGGACAAUACUACAGAUCUAUCAGCCAGUUUACUUUCAAGUCGGUCCAUGAGUCCUAUGGGAAGUAGAGAGAACCUUCGUUCACCACCCAGUCCUUCAGAGCCGGGCGACUGGAAUUCGGUUGUAGGCUCCCGCAAAAAUUCUUCCGUACUGAAUGAACCUGUGAUAUCGCGUCGACCGUCUGAGAAUGACAACGAGAAUCAAUCAACGACCGAGAUGUUCAAGGAUAUGUUAACACAAAAGCGAAAUAUGUUACUCAGCAAAUUGACGUCUUUCGACUCUGAGCCUGGCGGUGGAGUUCACGGAUCAUCCGGUGCGCUGUCCGUGGCCAGCGAUGUGCUACCACAGCAACAAUCCGGUGGACCGUUGAUACCGUCGAUCUCUUGCCGGUCGACUGUCUCCGAUACGGAGUACGAGAAACAUCCAAAGGGGUCAUCAACGCUUAAAGACGCCAAAAAGAUGGCAGGUGGUUUGUUUACCGGAAAGUCAUCGCUCAGUGCUGGUUUCCGCUACACCGGUGGUAGCCUGAUUCCGACAUCGAACUCGCCUUCUCCCGAUGCUCCACGAGUUUACCUUUUCGAAGGACUGCUCGGGAAGGAACGCUCAACCGUUUGGGACCAGAUGCAAUUUUGGGAGGAUGCCUUCCUGGAUGCAGUCAGCCAAGAACGGGACAUGAUCGGGAUGGAUCAAGGCCCUGGUGAGAUGAUGGAACGCUACAAGUCGCUUUCGGAUUCCGAACGGAAACGGCUGGAGCAUGAUGAAGAUCGCCUUUUAUCUACCAUGUUGUAUAAUCUGACUGCAAUAUUGGUGAUGCUGAACUGCAAUAAAUUGGAGAUCAAACGGAAGAUUCGACGAUUGCUCGGCAAAAGUCAUAUAGGAUUUAUCUAUGCCCAAGAGGUCAACCUUUUGCUCGAUCAAAUAAACAAUUUGCACGGCAACGACAUUGACCUUAAACCCCUGGGAUCGCGAUUACUGCACCGACAGAGUUUCACCGUGCAUCAUGGUGUUGAUGCAACCGGUCCACUGAGGUUCAUGGAAGUCCGCGACGAUGGAUUGGUGCUACGAUCGGUCAACGGAUCGAUUGUCGAGCGGUGGUGGUUCGAGCGUUUGGUUAAUAUGACAUACUCACCGAAGACGCGCGUUCUUUGCCUCUGGCGCCGGAACGGUGGUCAAACACAGUUGCACAAAUACUAUACCAGAAAGUGCAAAGAGUUAUACGUGGCCAUUAAGGAAGCUAUGGAACGUAAUGGAUGCACCGGUCAGGGCCCAGAGUUAGGUGGGGAAUUUCCUGUGCAGGAUUUAAAUAGCGGCGAAGGAGGGCUGAUGCAAAUAUGUUUGGAAGGUGUAGGACUUCUGUUCGCAAACAGCAAGUUCUUCAUACGGCUGGAGCACAUCCGGAAAUGUUUCACUCAGAAGGGUGGAGUAUUCAUACUGGAGGAGUAUAAUCCCAAAACGCGACAGUUAAUUCAGAGGAAAUUUAUGUCCAACCUGGCCGAUGACAUAUGCUAUUCGGUGCUUUGCGUAUUCUCCUAUGUUGCCGCUGGGCAAGAAUGGCAGAAGAAAUGCCCCGCCAUCACAUUGGCCGGUCCCGCGGUGCAUGGAUCGCAGCAGGUUGUCUCAUUGACAACAACGACCGCCCAACAGCAGCAGCUGAUCAGCCAGUCGGCACCUCCGGCGACAAAACUCACCACACAGCCUGUUCAACCUCCAACGCAAAGCAGUCAAAAAGUGCAACAGACCCAUUUGCCACAGCAAAAUUCCCCCAAACUGCAGACCGUUAUCAGUAAACCUAUACCGCAGCAACAGCCAACCCAGCCACCUAUACAGCGACCUCCACCGCAGCAGCAACCUCAACCUCAACCAGCGAGCCCCGUUCCGCAGCUGAAGCAACCGCCAUCUCUACCCGCACGCCCGUCGUCCUCAACAUCGGGCUCCUCCUCAUCAACCAUAUCUUCAACCACCUCUUCGGAACCACCCAAGAUCAAAGCUCCCGUUCUUCCACCAUCAGUGGGCACCGGAUCUACUGGACGACUACCACAGCAAUCAUCGUUGCCAUGCAAUCGUGGCCCUCCGCCGGCCAUUCCGCCUCGCAUCGGCCUUGGUCAACGUUCCGGCUCGGUGCAGAUACCGUCCAGUUCAACCGGAGGCCAUAAUCAGAUGCGCCAGCUCAAACGGCAACAAUCGGCCGCCUCGCCCCCCAAUCAGUCAUCGCCGCCGUACCAUCAACAGGAACGGCAAAACUCAAGGGGAUCGGUUAGUCAGUUUCGAAAUAAUUAGAGCUGGUAAGGUUUUGGGAUGGACGGUUUAGUGGGGUAAAUAAAAUUCACUUGAAAAUGUAUAAUGAGAAAACAUGUGAUAAUUUUAGAAUACCCACAACUUAUUGCAAAUUAAUGCAUAAAUUUGGAAAUACAUAUUUACUUAUUGCUGUUUUGGGAAUUUUCGCACAUUUUAUUCUGUAUUCGUAUUUGGUUAUGCUUAGAAAAAAAUUCUGCACAAAUUAUUCUCCAGCAGGAGGGUAUAUUUAAUUAUUGGUAUAAAAUAUUUAGAACUGAAGUUCGUAUUAUUAAUCCAUAAGCAUACAUCUUGUUACACAGUUUCAAGUGCAUAUUACUCUGUAAUGAGCAAAAUAUAAUUUGAAUUAGAUCAACCGGUUCACUCUCGCCGAGAAUUAUCACGAACACGCCCGCAAUUGGCAUAAUGUGGUAGGAAUAAAUAGAAAUGCAAAAUGUUCAAAAUCAGAAGCCAAAUCACAACAAACAACGUAUCAAAUCCAGCAUUCAAAAACAAAACAAGUAUGCAAACAUUGACAGUUGAAAAUAAAAAGAAAAGUGUGUGUAAAUAGAUAGAAAUUCCAUUCAAAUGCAUAAACAGAAAGUUAGCCAUUAAUCAGAUUCAGAAUUCAGAGAACACUUCAGUGAAUGUCGUUAGAAAUUUUCCUAUAACCGAAAAUGAUGACACGUUUUUCCGUCGUGCCCAUUAUCGUCCAUCACGAAAGGACCAAGCAAGCUUCUAUCGUUCACUUUUGAUUGUAAUGUCGUUUUAUUUCCUAUCGUUGUACCUUAUGCGUGCAAGUAACAGUUAAGUAUUCCAACGACAGUUAAGUCACAUGAAAAAGAUGCUUUAAAAGGGAAUCGUGUGUUAAAGUUAGAUGAUGAUGUUGUUUUUACUAAAUAUUUCGCGGAACCGUAAAUAUGUUGAGCGCUCUAAUUGUUUAGUUUAUGUUCGAGAAAGAUUGGGUAUGAUAAUGCGGAUAGGAAACAGAUGAGACAGCUUCACUAUCGUUGUUAUGAUAGCUUGUUGAAAAAAGAAGUACCUAGAAUGUGAAAUAGUUUCAAUAAAUUGGUAACGAAGAGAA